AGAGAGCGGCCGCCGCUGGGUGGGAAGGAGAGCGCCCGGGCGCACGCAGACUGGCCGGAGCAACCUGGGCGAAGGGAAGGCGAAGGUACCCGGCGCGGCUUUCCAGGGGGCACCGCGGGAUCUUGCCUGCCUCUGUACGCCUCGGGACGGCGGAGCCGGCAUGGAGCCCAACAGUCCCCGCAAGAUCCAGUUCACGGUCCCGCUGCUAGAGCCUCAUCUGGACCCGGAGGCGGCGGAGCAGAUCCGACGACGUCGCCCAACACCCGCUACAUUGGUCCUGAGCAGUGACCAGUCAUCACCAGAAAUUGAUGAUGACCGGCUCCCCAACCCCCUGCUGAAGCCAGGUCUGUCGAUGUCUCCAAGGCAGAGGAAGAAGGUCUCUCGCACCACCCCUACCAUGAAAGAGCUCCAGAUGAUGGUCGAACACCAUCUCUGCAAACAACAAGCUGAGGAGGCGGAAGCCAGCACCGGGAGCCAGGAACCACACAGUCCAACCUGCUGCCCUCAUGCCAACUCAGACCCUGCCCACAGUCCUGGGAGUUGCCCUUUGGCCCAGGCCCAAGCCCAGCUGGAGUCCCAGCAGGACGAGCACUCCGGCCUGGAGGAACAAGGAAGAGUCCUGGGAGCUUGCUGCGCAGAGAGACCUGGUAAUGCGAGGCCAGGUUUGUCUUCAGAGAAGCAAGGGGUCCAUAUACAACUGGAGGUGGACUCCAUGGGGAAGGAGAGGCUGGCCAAGGAGUGAUGCUGUACUUCGGAAAGCACUUGCAUCCAAACACAGACAAGGCCGAUGCCUACUUGAUGGAAUAUUACACAGCUGUUUUCUUUUUCUUUUUUUAGAUGUGCUUUUUUAAGAUUUCAAUGGCUGUGCUGAUGUUUGUCAUGGUUUUCCUUUUUUAAAAAAAGAUGAAAUAGCCAAGGCCAAGGGGGUGUCCAUACAAAUUCAGUUUGGGAUUAGGUCAUAGGUUAAGAGUAGCAGAAUGUGAUUAAUUCUUGAGUUGGUAGGGUUCUUUUUUUAAAUCAGAGGUGGGGGAACUUCUAUGUUGUAUUCUGUAACACUGUCCUGGUUCUUGUGAACAGCGGAUGAGUUGGUAACAGACUUGCAUCUCAAUCUGUACUGCUUCAGACUACAGGAGGGUGGCUUAUACAAUUUUAAAAAACACCUCCAUUAAAAAAGAAAUAGAUCUAGAGUUCUAGCCUAGCUUUCUCCCUGACAAUCCAACUUUCUCUGUGCAGGGAAACUUUUGGUGUCUAUGGAGGAACAUUCAAUCAUACAAACCCCAUCCUGAAGCAGUACAACUCAAAAACAGGUUUACCACUUCAUCUGCUGUGCGAGAGAUCCAGGCCACUGACUAGAGAUUUCCCCCGCAAUCAGCCUCAUUUUCUACACUGUAUGAUGGUGUUUUCAGAACCAUCCACUGAUUUCUGAACCUUAUCGUGCUUUCCAUGAUAGCCAUGGGUUGCUCUGCCUUUUGAACCCAUGCUGAAGCAUGCUGGGGAAAAUCACACCUCUUCCCGGCAUGCCUCAAAUGGAAACAAGGAUGGGAGUGGCAUGUGUAGCAGGGCUGUACAACUUUAGCCCUGCAGCUGUUGUUGAUUACAACUCCCAGCAUCCCUGAUCACUGGCCACUGCGGCUGAGGAUGAUGGCAGUAGUGGUCCAACAACAGCUAGAUGCUCAAAGUUGAGCAGCCCUGAUGAAUUCAGGAUGGUACUCUGGGGCACCGAACCUGGGGAUACAGACAGGUGGGCCCAUUUCCAUUACAGAAAGGUGCCUAAACAAAGGGGUGGUCACUGGUUAUCUUCAGAUGCAGUGCUCUACUAGUUGCUGUCAUGAUUUCCUUCUUCAGCCUACUAACUCAUUUCAGCUCCACAGAACGGGAAGUGUCUUCAAUCCUCUAAUCCUGUACAGCCUUCCUCCUGACUGAAGGGGGUCUGGACUGAGAGACUCUUCCUGCCCGUGGUGCCUCUUUAUUCCCUCUCCAGCUGAGCUGCCACCAACUUUUUCCAGUGCCUUCUGGGAGUGAGCAAGAUUCCCCUCCCUGGAAGCAACCUAUAGGCCUCAGUAGUGUUUGUGUGUGUAAACACCAGCUAGUGUCACACAUGAAAAAUAGGUAUGCUUAUUUCCUGGGAUAUGAGAAAACAGCUCCUUGUAUAACAUGGUAACGAGUGCCUGAAAUAUCUGCCUCUCUUUCUGGUCAUGCUCAUGGCAUUUUAAAUGUUCUCUCCUAAAACAGAAAACAUGAUCAGUGCUUUCCUGUCAUGAUAAGGGGACAAUCUGAAUAGAGCCCAGAUGAGGAAUGAAGGGUAGAUAGCUAAUCUAAGAGUGAGAGAGAAAAUACUUGGCCAGUGGGUCUUAGGGUGGCACUUUUAAGUUGAAGGCCUAAUUUGAUUGUGGUCCUUGUCCUAUGCUAUCAUUAAUAUCAAACCCCAGACAAAGAGGUGGAUACAGAUGGGAUGUGUGCGAGAUUGCCAGGGUCCAUCUGUUUGGGAUUGUCAGCCAUACCUUGUAUCUGCAUUGACACAAUUUUACAUAUCUGGACCACAAUUCUGGACUUUCUCCCCCCAUCACCACACAUGUGAAUCCCGCUUCUUUAUUAAACGGGUCAUCUUUG